AUGUCUGACAGCUACAAUAACGAUGCCGGCGUCGACGUCAAGGACGACGAGUACGUUUCGCGCCAGGCCCGUGAGCCCAUCACUGUCCAGUCCGACGACGCCAAGAUCGAGGACCCCAUCGACGAGAACACUGCCGAUUCUGACGCGCAGCUUGAACGCGACGACAAGGACGCCAUCAACCCUGACAACAUCAUCGAUGAACGCACACGCUCUGCUAAGCCCGAAGGCUCCUACCGCGAGCCCGGCGACGAGGAAGGUCUCCCUGGCCCCGAGGACGGCACAUCUCAGGGCCGUGCCUAG